AAUAACAUUUCCACUGUUGUGCUACAUCCAUAAUGUUAUUUUCUCCUGCGUGCACUUGUAGCUACAUCAUAUGUAUUUGAUCGGUGGCAGUUGCUAGCUGUACCUAGCGUCUCUCUCAUUGGUCAAUAUAGGUCAUGUGAUCAUGAGGCUACGUAUUUGUACAUGUAUUUACUAGUAAGCAACCACAAACCGUAACCCAUAGGAAGUGGCUAUUCGCAAGGCAGCCUUGCAGAUAAUUUCCUAUGUACCCUGCGUAUGCCCUAUGAGUGCUGGGAUAGGCUUCAGCAACACCCCUGGCCCAGACUGUGACCUUUAACUGGGGUCACACGGGAUGGAUGGAUGGAUGGAUGUAUGGCACUACAGACAUUAGAAACCACAUGCAUCAGUUCUCACUACUUUUAUUCCACUUCCAGGUAGCAAUGGACCAAUACUACCAAAGAUCCCAGAAUGCAAGCUCCAUCAACCACAACAAAAGAAAGAGAGAAGACACUGAAAGAAGUGGUUUAGAAAGUAAAGGUUUUUCAUCGAAUCAGAGCCGCCAUCAGUCUGCUCGUGGUCUUCAGUGUAACCCUGUCCCGUCCGAGGGUUUGAGCACCAGACGAGAACUCUAUGAAAGGAACUUUCCUGUGUACAAACAGCCUGUAGAAGUCGGAUGUUUUUCACUUGAUUCCAGGCGUAGAUUCUUCAGUGACAGGAGGCAGAUGAGAUAUUUUGUGGAACCUGAGAGAAAGCCUAAUUUUGAUCUAAGGGAUGGAUACAGGGACCGUUUCAUAAAGAGAGAUGAAGACCAGAAGGAAAGGUUAGAUCACAUGUUAAGGUGGAUUUCAGCUAACAGGUCAAAGGUCAAAUCAAGAGUUGCCACAUCCUCAUCAUGUGUAUUAGAUGCAGAUUUUGUGACGUGGCGUGGCCAUCUGACCAAGCUGCUGACAACUCCAUAUGAGACGCGGGAGGGCUGGCUGCUGGCUGUCACCAGGUUCAGAGACACGCUUUACAUCAGCGAAGUGGAAACGGAAGCAGCGCGUAGGGAGCGUGAAAAUCGCACUGAGAUGCAUCAAGAGAUGAUGUACUGGGGGUAUAAGUUUGAGCAGUACACAUGUACAGAUAACGUGCACAGUUUACCUGACCCGAGUGGAGUUGUGAACACAAACGAGGCUUUCUGCACUGUGGUGCAAACGCGUCUCGCAGAUCACAGACUUCUGUUUUCUGGUGAGGUGGACUGCCGGGAUAAAGAUUCUAAUGCUCCUCCUCCACCUGCCUGCUAUGUGGAGCUGAAGACGUCAGCAGAAAUCUGCACCCCAAAACAACGCAGCAACUUCCACAGGUUCAAGCUGCUGAAGUGGUGGGCCCAAUCUUUCCUCCCUGGAGUCCCACGGGUCGUGGCAGGUUUCAGGGAUCAUGAAGGGGUCGUUGUUGCUGUGGAGACUUUUCACAUCUCUAAGAUUUCACAGCUCAUCAAGAAAGAAUUCAACUGCUGGAAACCCACAGUCUGUAUGAAUUUUUGCUGUGAUUUUCUGACUUUUGUGAAGCGUGUGGUGACUGAGGACAAUCCGCGUGUUGUGUAUCUGUUCUCUUGGGAGCCCCACAGAGAUGUGACCUAUUCUGUCCACAGGGAUUCCCAGUAUUCCUUCCUGCCUCACUGGUAUGUAGAGGACAUGACCAGUAAAGACUCCUAAUCAGUCCUUAUUUAUGACUGAAGGCACCCAGCUACACAUGGCAGUUGAUAAUAUUACAUUAUGGACCAAAAUGGAAAAUUUAGAACUUUGGCUUCCACCUGUGUGAGGCGUUUGUCUGCCGUGCCCACGCUCCAUGAGUACAUACCGGAUAGUAAACAUUGAGUAUGGGUCACCAUCCCUAAUCAGCUAUCUUUAAACCUGUAAUACUGACUGUCUCCACUUGGUCAGGAUGAAAGACUUUUGUCCUGAUGUGGUUAAAAUGACCUAAACUGAGAACAUGAUCUUUGCAUGUAAAGUUUAACUUGGUUCAUCAUUUACAAUACAGUAAAAUUUAGCAGACAUAAAAAACUAACUUCUGCUCGAGUUAAUCUGUACACACAUAGUAGUACUCAGUACUUGAAGUACUCUAAAGUUAUGUGUACAUGCCAUAUUUCAUACACUUCAGCAGUUACAGAGGCUGUUUUGUGCUUUUGUACUUUUGAGUGUUUAAAGGCAUUCACUACGCUGUUAAAUAAAGAACAAAUGUUUUGUUAAUUUGUAAAAAGAAAUUAACCUGAAAGUCAAAGUUUUGAUACUGAACUGUUAAAAAAAAAAAAAAAAAAAGUAUUCAAAAUACAAUAAUGCAGGUGAAUGCAAAAUUUCAGUUCAAAUAAAGUUUUUAUUAAAAUCUGGAUUUUUUUUUUUUUUUAUUAUUAUUCCACCUUUUUAUUUUUGUACAUAUUUUGUGGACUCAUAAUUGACAGCCAUAGAUGAUAUUGGCUUGACCUUGAGGACCUUCCUUAGCAGUAUUGUUUCUCAAUUCCUUUGCUCCCUUUUCCAUGAUCAAUGGUAUUAUGAAAACCACAGAUACUAGUGCAGUGCCUUUAAGAAGUUUGUAUUCCUGUAGAAAAUUGGGAGCUUAAGUAGAUUAAAGUGGGAUGUACAAACGGGUGUACUUACUCUUACAUUGUUUUAAAGAAAACUCACUGAUAAAAUACAGCUGGGAAGAUAGACUGCGUUAUAAACUAACGAUUGAUGUGUAUCAAUGAAAAUAAGGAGCUCUUACCACUGAAAUAUGCACCUGGAAAGUCGGCAUUGAAGCAGAAUUCGACGAUUUCAUAAAUGUCACCAUUGACACAAUUUUAACCAAUCAUAAAAAACCCCUAGGAUCGCUUGCGGCGCUGCUGUGAGGUAGUGUGAGCAUAGAAAGCCACAGGUGGCGCACAGGUGCUGGUGUGUAAAAGGCCUGUCUCUCUCUCUCUCCCUUGCUCGCGCUCUCUGUCUCUCUCCCCCUCCCUCUUACUGGUCAGCAGGCAUAAAGUGAAAGUGAUCAGCUGUUUAGUUCAGCUGCACUGUGGCUGUGAUCAGCUGUUGUCUGUUGUAGACACCAACCAGCGCCUGUUGGCUACCUUUGGCUUUCUGUGCCCAUGUGACGUCACAUCAGCACUGUUAUGGCAGCCUGCUGGUGGCUUUAAACCAGCCAAACAAAAACACUCUUAACUUUAACAUAAAUGAUCACACAUGCCUACAACUUUUCAUAUGGGCUCUCAAUAUCAUAAUCUACCUACCCAAUAGUAAAUUAUCAGUGGGUUUUCUUUUCCUUUAACAAAGUGUACAUUUGUUAAGACACGGUUGACAUUGAGAUACAAAGAGACACGCAAAUACAGUUAUUUUAACAAAAAGAUUGACAUUCAUGCGCGAGCCACAUACCCACACAGACCUUUUUUGUUUAUAGAUAGAUUGCAUUUUUACAAUGGUCCCAAAGUACCACAGCUGCUGUUCUCUCCUCAGAAGGAUACCCAGCGUAGUGUCACUGAGUUUCCACUAUAACCACUGAGUUUGCUGAGUUGAUGACCCCUGUGAAAUGUCAGUCUUGUCUAUGCAGACUAAUACUAACAUAGAAGGAAUUGGUGUGGUUUUCAUGAUACUAUUGCUGUUGGAAAUGGAAAAAGUGAGCGAAUGAAUUGAGAAGUGAUCCCCUGCCGAGAGACGAUGAAGCCUGUCGUCUGUCAGUUAUUAUUCUGCUCCCCUGUAAUGUCAUAUCAUGCCAAGCCAGAUCAGGCCCAAGAGUAUGAAACUGAAAACAUAUGAUCUGAAAGUGAAAAACUUAAAAAAAAAAAAAAAAAAAAA